AACAUUUCCUCAAAAAGAUAAAAAAAUUUGCUCAUAAUGCUUGUUGACUCUACUCUAUAGUAACUAUAAAAAUGCCCUUUCAUGACCGCUUUCCUCCCAAAUUUCCAGUCACUCUCUCUUUCUCUUCCUUUUUCGUUCAAAAUGGAAAGAUCAUUCAACUUGGUGACUCGUCCAAUUUCGGCUCAGCUGCUUUUUCUACUCAUCACUUCAUUUCUGAUAUGGCCAUGCACCGAAGCCGCCGCCGCCUCCGCCGCCGAAGAGCUUCUCAAAGGCUUUGAAGCCACCCCAAAUCCCUCAAUCCCCUUUUUCCAACCUCUUCUUAACGAUUCCUCGAGCAAGUUCUCUUUCGGUUUCCUCCGAGUCAACUCAACCCAACUCGCUCUGGCUGUCCUCCACGUACCUUCAAGUGAACCCCUAUGGCUCGCCAACCCCACUACCUUAUCUCGCUGGUCAGACCGCACGAAAGUAUUCUUCAAUGGCAGUCUGGUGAUUUCAGAUCCUCGGACAAGGAUGUUUUGGUCAACUGAAACACAAGGUGACAAACUUGUCCUCCUCAAUAACUCCAAUCUUCAGAUACAAAAAGGCCUCGACAACAGUAACAACGUCAACGUCCCAACUGUUUUAUGGCAAAGUUUUGAUUUUCCCACUAAUACCCUUGUCGAAACUCAAAAUUUUACUUCUACCAUGACCCUUCUUUCUUCAAAUGGCCUGUAUUCGAUGCGUUUAGGUAACGAUUUCAUCGGAUUAUAUGCUAAAUUUGAUUCCGGUUCCGACCAAAUUUAUUGGAAGCACAAAGCUUUACAAGCCAAAGCUCAGAUUAUUGAAGGUAAUGGACCGAUUCACGUCCAAGUUGACCCGGACGGGUGGUUGGGAAUGUACCAAAAUGGAACAACCCCAGUCGAUAUUGAAUCUUUUAACAGCUUCCAACGAUCCCUUGAUGGACUCCUUAUGGUCCGGUUAGAACCGGACGGGAACCUCAAAGCCUAUUAUUGGUCCGGGUCAAGUUGGGUUUUGGAUUAUGUAGCUAUUCGUGAAACUUGCGAUUUACCUAGUCCAUGCGGUUCGUUCGGUUUGUGUACUCCCGGGUCGGGUUGUUCUUGUUUGGACAACAGCACGGAGUUGUCAUCCGGUGAGUGUUCCAGUUCAGGCCCGUAUUCGAAUGACAUGUGUUCCGACCCGAAAACUCAGAAGAACGACAUUAAAGUUUUGAGAAGAGGAGGGGUGGAGGUGCCGUUUAAGGAGUGGAUGAGGUAUGAAACGACACCGUCUUUGGAAGAAUGUGAAAACGCAUGUGGAAACAACUGUAGUUGUUACGGGGCGGUUUAUAAUAAUGCAUCCGGGUUUUGCUACAUCUUGGAUUACCCGAUCCAAACCCUGUUGGGAACGAGAGAUGAUAGCAAAGUGGGGUACUUUAAAAUCAAGGAAGGAGCAAAUAAGAAAAAAAUAAAUUCGGGUUUAGGGGUGGGAGUUGGUCUGUUAGGUGGAGCUGUGUUAUGUUUGAUAGGGGCAGUCGGGUUUGGCAGCUACAAGAUUUGGAGGAAUAAGAAAAGAGUGAGCCGGAUGUUGGAAGAGGAAACGGGUGGGGUAAUGUCCGGCCCGUAUAAGGAUCUCGGAUCGGCUAGCUUUAGGUCCAUCGAGAUGUGUAGUAGUGGUCACCGAUAACACCGGAGAUUUUAUUUUAUUUUAUUUUUAUUUUUAGCAUGUAAUUUUAUAUUCCAAUUUUUUCUAAAAUAAUGUGAGAAUGAGGUAAGCAAUGACAUAGGAGUAGUUUUGACUAAAAACUUUAAGGCUCGUCAUUAACUUUGGUUAGCCUAGUUGUAGGGGAUGUGGGGACCACCUGUUCUUUUGUAUAAUAAUUAUAUAUAUUCCAAUGGAAGAUCAACUAACCACCUUUUGUCUA